CGCUUCAGUUGAGUUUAGUUGAGGGUGUUCACACUGAAAGCAGGUGGAUUCUGUAUGAGUGACUGAGUGAGGAAAAACAGCUUCUGAAGUAAACCACACCACUAUUUGUGUCCAUGUGUAAUAAGUGUAAAGCGGUGUGAAAGUGAAGAGAAUUGCUGUCUGUGUGUGUGUGAGUGUGUGUGAGUGAGUGUGUGUGAGUGUGUGUAUGUGAGAGAGAGAAAGAGCAACAGCGAGAGCCGCUGAAUCAGCACACUCGUGUCCCGGGCUGCGGCGGUGUUGUUAGCGAUGCUGCUGACGGUGUUCUGUGCUCUCGGAGACCGCGGUGAGACCACCUUCGCCCUCGAAGUCUCUCCAGAGCUUGAACUCAGGGAUUUUUUGGCUCUCUGUGAGCUCGAAUCAGGAAUACCGGCAGGGGAGAUUCAGAUCUCCCAUGCAGAGCAGCCUCUGAGAGACCUGACCCGAGCCCUGGGGGAUUACGGCCUGAAGGAUGGAGAUGUAGUGGUGUUGAGACAGGCUGAGAGAAGGCCAGCUCCUCAGCCAUCCUUCCCAGGUCUGCCUCGCAUCGAUUUUAGCUCCAUCUCAGUUCCCGGCACUUCCUCGAACCAUCGUUCCACCACACCGGCUCAAACUCCCAGGGCUGCCCAAACACCCCCUGCUGCCUCCCCUGCCUCUUCUCCUCAGGGACUGGACAAUCCCGCCCUGUUACGCGAUAUGUUGCUGGCUAAUCCGCAUGAGCUGUCUCUGUUGAAGGAGCGUAACCCGCCCCUGGCUGAGGCCCUGUUGAGCGGUGACUUUGAGCGCUUCAUGAAAGUGCUGCAGGAGCAGCAGCAGGAUCGAGCCAAAAGAGAGCAGGAGAGAAUCAGACUUCUCACCGCUGACCCCUUUGACCUGGAGGCUCAGGCCAAGAUCGAGGAGGACAUCAGGCAACAUAAUAUUGAAGAAAACAUGACCAUUGCUAUGGAAGAGGCACCUGAGAGUUUUGGCCAGGUGGUUAUGCUCUACAUCAACUGCAAAGUUAAUGGACACCCUGUGAAAGCCUUUGUUGACUCGGGAGCUCAAAUGACCAUCAUGAGUCAAGCCUGCGCAGAACGUUGCAACAUCAUGCGUCUGGUAGACCGGCGCUGGGCAGGAAUUGCUAAGGGCGUGGGCACACAAAAGAUCAUUGGCAGAGUACAUUUGGCUCAGGUACAGAUUGAAGGGGACUUCCUGCCUUGUUCCUUCUCCAUUUUGGAAGAUCAGCCUAUGGACAUGUUGUUAGGCCUUGACAUGCUGAAGAGACACCAGUGCUCUAUUGAUCUUAAGAAGAGCGUGCUGCUGAUCGGGACAACAGGGACAGAGACAUGCUUCCUUCCUGAAGGCGAGCUGCCUGACUGUGCCAGACUGGCGUACGGGCCGGAAGCGCGAGAGGACUCCCGACCAGAGGAGAUUGCAGACCAAGAGCUUGCAGAGGCAUUACAAAGAUCCAUACAGGACAGCGAAAUUGCAGAUGGAAAAACUACCUCACCACAGUCCCCACCACUCCCGCUUCACAAAUCUGUUCAUACGCCAACCACCUCCUCAUCCGCCAUACGUCCUAGUCAAAGUUUUACGUUAGACCGCUCCAAGUCUGCUCCAGCCUCCAUUAGCCAAAGCCUGCCAUCAGAGUCAUCAUUCAGUCCAUCUCAAACCCAGGGAGAAACAAAAUCACAUCCAUCUGACACCCAGAGCAUGACUGAACACCACCCAGCGUCUGCGUCAUCCCUGCCCUUAAAAGUGGAAGAAUCUCCUCAAAACCCUCCCCAUGGGCACUUUGAUGGUUUCCAACCUCAGUCAACAGCAUCACCCAUUCUCCCUGCUCAGGAACCAUUUUCUAGUACUGUGUCAAAUGACAAUAAAGGGACUAACUUUGUACUUUGUAGAAAGUCUGUGGCAGAUUUAAAUGCAGGGGAAGGCAUUAAAUUACAAGAAACAGAAGAACCAGAUUCCCAGACUGGCUCCCAGAAUGAUGUUUGUUUUCAGGAAGUAGACAUGGCAGAUUCGGUCGAUCCAAAAAUAAUCGGUGUUCACAUAGCUGAUAACUUUCAAGAAAACGAGCAAGGUGACAUAAUGAAAGAUGAUGUAAAAGGCCAAAUGGAUCAACUUUCAGAGUUGAUGAAUCACCACAACCUUCCAGGUCCAUCUAGUUCACCUAAAGACCCUCUUGUCCACUCAGAAUUUGACAAGAAUAUGGAAAGUAGGCAUGUUUCAAAGAGUGAAAUGACUUCAGAAAGGGACCAGUCAGAGAGCGACGGAAUCCCUUCUCUGUCUCAAGCCCUGAAGGAACUUCACAAGCUUCUGAUGUCCAACAGUAAUGCUCAGGCUUGUGCAUGGAGCCCUCUAUCUGCUACCCAUACCAACACCCCAAGACCAGACACUGAUGAGGUGGACCAUAAUCCAACAGGAAAGGAUAAUGCAGAUGUCAACCCAAAUGUUAUUUCAUCUCACACUGCCACAACUAAUACAACAGUGUUUGCCAAAUCUGAAUAUGAUGCUCUAGAAGAGGAUGGUACCUUUGAAGAACUGACAGUAAGACAAGAAGGCAAUCAGACUAAUGGGUUUGCAAAUAUCAGCCUUGAGGAGGAUAUGAUGCAGUUCCCUGAAGAAAAUCAGGUGGAUGAAAAUGGGGAAGGCCUUAUGUUGGAGCCAGAGGAAGCAUCUCCAGCUGAACCAUCUCAACAGCAUACCUGGUCUGUAGCAGGUGGCUCCUCAGCAGACAAUUCCAACCUUGUGUCUGUAGAAUCCUCUUAUCCAUCAAUACAAAGUCCCGGGCUGGCUCUUCCCCCUAAUCCAGACCCCAUACAGCCACCCACACUAACGUUACCUGGACAACACCCUGCAGAGCACAUACAGAGGAUACAAGCAGCAGGGUUCUCGUCUCAUGAGGCAGCUGAAGCACUCGAACAGGCUGAAGGCAGUGUGGAACUUGCCCUACUGGUGCUGCUGGCCAGGAAGAUCACUGUGCCCACUUAGAUCCAUGACAGGCAUAUUUGCCACAUAACUUGGAUUCUGUGCUCUUCUUUUUGAUGCCCCUUUUUCCUUUAUUUGUGCUUAGUUUUGUUUGUCAUAUUAAAUCAGUUUAUAUGUUCCAAUAUCUAUAUAAAAAAAAAGCUUUGGAAGGAACUGUUUAGGCCAUUUGCAAGAAUAACGGUGAUGCCUGAAGUUUUUGUUUUUCUGCUUUCCAUGGUUUCCAAGUUCUGAAGGGUUACUGCAUUUAACUACCAUCUAGUAUAAGUUUGUUUGUUUAGUGUUAUUGAUGGUUACUUGUGUGUAACUUGUCCUUUUGACAUGCAAAGACAUGAAAAUCAUUUUAAUUAGGAUGACCCAUGCCUCUAAUUAGAGUGGCUGUGAAGCUCAACAGUGAAAGAUAUUUUAAAUUGAGUAGUUUUUUUUUUUUUUCUUUUAUCAUUAUUCUCUAACGACUGUGGAUAACUGGACCUUGCUCUUUAAAUAAAUUUUAUAAAUAAAAUUGGGUGGUUCUUGAACAUGCAAAAGCAUUUAGUAAAACAAACUGGUUCAUCUGUUUUAGGACUUCACCUGCAACCUAAGCAGAAUAUUUUUUUGUAUGUAAACGUUGCUGUAUUAUGAAAAAUGCAGACAGGUCCCCAGAGGCAUGUUAAGCCUCAACCUAGAAAAAGAAAAAAAAUAGCUGGUGAAUCAUCGUGGGUAUUGCAAGUUACAACGCACAUAGAUUUAAUCCACGUAUGGGAAGCCGGCGCAAAAAAAAAAUUAUACAGCAGCUAGCUGGAACUCCUUUGCUGAAUUUGCAAUAAUUAUCAAAUACUGUAUAUUUAUUUCUCUCUGAUUUUCUGCUCAUUUUAUAUUUGCCAAUCCUGUAUAACUUGAUCAUGGUGUUUUAUCAUGUUUGAAUUGGUUGCCUUCAGACUUUGUAUACCAUAUAUAUGCCCCAGUGUUUGUUAGAGCUGAAAACCAUCUUCACCAGUAUUUUAUUUUAUUUUUUCAGUCUUUUUUUAUUUUUAUAAUGAAUGGGAAAUUAUUGGUUGUGGGAGGAAAAGAAGUAAUACCAGGAAACUUAUGAGAGUCAUAUUGCAUCACCAGUCAUCUAUCUUUUACUUUUCAGGGAUUUCGCAAUGGUCUCUGAUGCUAUUUUUGUUGAUAUGAAACAUGUUCUUAGCAUAAUUUUGUGUGAAAAUAUAAAAUUAUUAGAAAAGUACAAAUGGUAGGGACCGGAGGUCUGUUUGGGUUUCAAUAUUAUUUUCACAUCAGAGCACAUAAUUACAUGACAUUUGCUGAUUUGUGUGUGAUUCAAUUAAUUCUCCUACCUUUUAUUCCCCCCCAUGACUCUGAUAAUGUUUGGUGGACACCCAGGCUGCUCUGUCUAGCUGUCUUGAUUUGCGUGUAUAACCUUUGCCAUUUUUUAAGGUAGUCUCUGACUCAGCUGUGUUCAAAAUUUGGAUGAUUUACUUUCAACUUGUAUACAAUUUAAAAACCAAAUAAAGGAAAAGGUGUUUCUUUAUAA